AGAAUACUGUUAUUUUAACUGACAACCAGAACCAGUAUCAUUUGCAAAAAUGUUUUGCGUUGUAUAAUCUAAGUCUCGAGUACAAUCGACAGAUGAAUUAGCCUUAUUUAUUGAUAGAGGAACACUGAAACAUUGAACACUUUUGGACUUUCCCUUGGGUCCCUCGGAUCGGCUUGAUUAUGGCAACAUUUCACCGAAUUUCAUUGUUGGUGUUGGGCAUCAAUACAGUUCUGCUCAGCACUGUAGCUGCGGCCCAGAGCGAGGAGAGAGAGUGUGCUUUCAAUGACCAGCACCACCAGUUUGAAGAGCAACGUGCCGGUGAGAACAGUGUCUCCAAGGACAACGGCACUAUCCACUGUAUGAAGGGGAGUAAUUGCUAUGGCCUGUGGGAGAAAACUAGAGACGGAGAGAUUCGCCUUGUAAAGCAAGGGUGCUGGGCUCACCUCAGUGACCAGCAAGACUGUCACGACAAGGAGUGUGUGGUGACAACCACCCCUUCCCAGAUCCAGAAUGGCACUUAUCGCUUCUGCUGCUGCAGCACUGACAUGUGCAACGUCAACUUCACAGAGAACUUCCCGCCUCCCAGCCCUACCACCGCACAGCCCUACAAUCCAAACAGUCGUGAGGAGACCAUCGUUAUUGCACUGGCCUCUGUUUCGGUCGUGGCUGUCCUGAUCGUAGCACUUUUCUUUGGGUACAGGAUGCUAACCGGAGACCGUAAAGCAGGCCUUCACAACAUGAACAUGAUGGAAGCAGCUUCCUCUGAGCCCUCCCUCGACCUGGACAGCCUCAAACUGCUUGAGCUGAUCGGGCGCGGACGGUACGGCGCGGUAUAUAAAGGAUCCCUGGAUGAGCGGCCCGUAGGCGUGAAGGUGUUCAACUACACCAACAGGCAAAACUUCAUCAACGAGAGGAACAUAUACCGGCUGCCACUCAUGGAGCACGACAACAUCGCCAGGUUCAUCGUGGGGGACGAGAGGCUCACUGCUGAAGGCCGCAUGGAGUACCUGCUGGUCAUGGAGUACUAUCCUCACGGUUCUCUGUGUCGGUACCUGAGUCUGCAUACCAGUGACUGGGUGAGCUCCUGCAGACUGACUCACUCAGUGACCCGCGGCCUGGCGUACCUUCACACCGAGCUGCUGAGAGGAGAUUACUACAAGCCUGCAGUAUCACACCGGGACAUGAACAGCCGCAACGUGCUGGUAAAGAACGAUGGCACGUGUGUGAUCAGCGACUUCGGCCUCUCUAUGAAACUGACAGGAAACAGACUGGUCCGGCCGGGAGAGGAGGACAACGCAGCCAUCAGUGAGGUGGGAACUAUACGAUACAUGGCCCCCGAGGUUCUGGAGGGAGCUGUGAACCUGCGGGACUGCGAAUCUGCCCUCAAGCAGGUGGACAUGUAUGCACUGGGGCUCAUCUACUGGGAGAUAUUCAUGAGGUGUACAGACCUCUUUCCAGGAGAGACUGUGCCGGAGUAUCAAAUGGCAUUCCUGGUGGAAGCUGGGAAUCACCCCACCUUCGAGGACAUGCAAGUGCUAGUUUCCAGAGAAAAGCAGCGGCCCAAGUUCCCUGAAGCCUGGAAGGAGAACAGCCUGGCUGUUCGCUCUCUGAAGGAGACGAUGGAGGACUGCUGGGACCAGGACGCAGAGGCGCGGCUCACUGCACAGUGCGCUGAGGAGAGGGUGGCAGAACUCAUGAUGAUCUGGGACAGAAAUAAGUCUGUCAGCCCCACCGUCAAUCCAAUGUCCACUGCCUUGCAGAACGAAAGGAAUCUCUCACACAGCAGACGAGUGCCAAAGAUUGGCCCAUACCCCGAUUACUCCUCAUCCUCCUACAUCGAGGACUCCCUGCACCACACCGAAGGCAUCGUCAAGAACCUCUCCAGUGAGAACUCAACCUCCUCCACCACUGCCGCCGGCACAGGGCCCGAGAAGAACCGCAACUCCAUCAACUACGAGCGGCAGCAGGCCCAGGCGCGGCUCCCCAGCCCCGAGACCAGCAGCACCAGUGUGUCCACCACCACCACCACCACCACAGGACUGACCCCCAGCACCGUCAUGACCACCAUCUCGGAGACAACCUUCCCCGAUGACGGCCUCCUGCAGCACGGGGCGCCCUUACUGGUCUGCCUGCAGCUGACAGAGGAAGACCUGGAGACCACCAAGCUGGACCCCAAGGAGGUGGACAAGAACCUGAAGGAGAGCUCAGACGAGAACUUGAUGGAGCAUUCCAUGAAGCAGUUCAGUGUCCCCGACCCGCUCAGCAGCAGCAGUUCUAGCCUGCUGUACCCUCUGAUGAAGCUGGCUGCGGAGGUCACUGGCCAGCAGGAUUUUGGCCAAGUGGGCAGCUUGGCUGCCAGCAAUGCGGGUCUGAUCGCAGACAUGCCAUCCGCGCCCAUAUACCCCCUCCCCAAGCAGCAGAACCUGCCCAAGCGGCCCACCAGCCUGCCACUCAACACCAAAAAUGUCACCAAGGAGCCUCGCCUGAAGUUCGGCAGUAAGCACAAGUCCAACCUGAAGCAGGUGGAGACCGGGGUGGCCAAACUGAACACAGUCAAUGCAGCUGAGCCUCACGUGGUGACAGUUACCAACAACGGGCAAAGCCGGGGGCAGAUGCCAAACGUGCCAUCUUCCUCUUCCUCCUCCACUGCCGCCAUGCAGACCCAGUACGCCAACGGGUCAGUGCCCACCAGCCAGCUGGCCAACGGCUCUGCCCAUCACGUCCAAGAGGCGCUGCAGUCUCAGUUCAGCGUGGAAGACAGCCGGCUGAACAUCAACUCCAGCCCGGACGAGCACGAGCCCCUGCUGAGGCGGGAGCAGCAGGCUGGCAGGGAUAACGGCCUCAUGGAGAGGCUCGUGGACAGGAGGGACCACCGGUUGCUGGACGCCGGCCGGACAAACUCCAAUAACAACAACAGCAACCCAUGUCCAGCUGUGGAGCGGGCGAGCUUGACGCCAGCCAGCACAGACAAUACUGUGGCAGAAACAAAUCUACGGCAGCCCCGGGGGAGGAGAGUCGAGAGGCCGAACUCACUGGAUCUGUCAGCCAACAACAGUCUGGAUAGCUGCGGCAUGCAGGGUGAAACACCACGGGAUAACAAGCCAGGCUCUGGGGAGAAGAUCAAGAAGCGAGUGAAGACCCCAUAUUCCCUGAAGAGGUGGCGCCCCUCCACAUGGGUCAUCUCCACAGACCCGGUCGACAGCGAAGUGAACAACAACGGCCAACAGGGUGCAGGCACUGCUGUCUACUUAGUGGGCGGAGGCACUGCCACGGCAACCGUUCCCACAGAUAACAGAAUGACCUGCCUGUGAACAGUUUACCUUUUUAUUUCACUUCAAGUGACUUGAUAUGAAAAAGAAAACAAAAAGUAACAAAAAAAUAAAUUAGAAGCAGCUUAACUUCCCACCUCUCCUUCAAAGACUCGCUUUAAAUAGAAUUCAGCUAUGCAGCAAGUUUGACGUAAAAUGCUUCCAUUUUUUAUGUUUUUGUUUGAAUGCUGACUUUUUUUUUUUUGCACUUUUUAAAAUAUUUUUUAUGACAUCGUUAAGUCUCUUGUGAAGAAGGAUAAAAAGAAAAAAAUGACAAUGCAUUCAUUUACAAUCAACAUAGACCACGUUUUAUAUACAGUGAAACUCUGAUACAACGUACUGCCUUGGGACUGUAAAAACAGUAUGUUAUAACCGAGGUAUGUAAUAACCAGAUACGUGCACAUACCCGCCAAAUCAGCACACAAAUCAAAACCUAGUACAGUAUUAAUUAAUUAAUGUACAUAUACAAUGUAUGUAGUAUAAAGGUUUAUUACAGAAGA